GCUCGAGUGAACAAACCGGUAAGCUACGUGAAUGACUACGAUAUCUAACAGUAGCCAUCUUGCCCCACAAGUCGGAAUACAUUUACUGAAAAGAUUUGAGAUCUCUGAGGAACCUGCGUUCUGUCGCUGUGUCGGACCGGGUUCGAAAAGCUUCAAACAAAGAUGUCGCGGUGCAGCGGAAGGGGCUAUGACGUAAUCGAGAUAGACCACCUGCGGUGCCGUACAGAAAUAGGCUUCAGUAAACACGAGAUCGGGAAAAAACAAGAAGUCGUCAUCAGUAUCCGCCUUGGCUGUGACAUGAGCAAGGCGGGAAAAAGCGAUGACGUCAGCGAUUCCGUGAACUACAGGGCUGUUUCCAAAGACGUCAUCAAUUACGUGGAGUCUACGUCAUUCAACUUGGUGGAGAAACUAGCGACGGACGUCGCCAGAAUCUGCAUUGCUCUGCACAAGGUUCCGUGGGUUCAGGUACGAGUCCACAAGCCACAAGCGCUGCGCUUCUCUGACUCCGUCGGCGUCCUGAUCGAGAGGACACCGGAAGAUUUCAACGACAGCGUGGUCCAUCUCUCCCUGGGGUCUAACAUCGACCCGAGGAAAAAUCUGAGGGACGCCCUCGCCCUCUUGAAGAAGAAAGUCUUGGUGCUUAAGAUGUCUUCACCAUUCCUUACUUCGCCUCAGCUUCAAACCGACCAGCCAGAUUUCAUCAACAUGGCGGUUAGGAUCCUGACAGAAAUGACGCCGACAGAACUGAAAACUGUCCUUUCUGGAAUAGAAAAGUCGCUUCUGCGCGUGCGCGAUCCUAACAACAAAAACGGCCCCCGCACGAUUGACCUUGACAUCUCUCUCUGGGGGUCAGAGGUCAAGGAUUACAGCGUCAUCAAUAAUGACGAGGGGUCCAAUCACAGCUUGACUAACGGCCACGUUCAGAAAACUGUUCCUGAUCCAGACAUCCUUCGGUUUGCUCAUGUGGUCGUGCCAUUGGCUGAGAUCUCUCCCCACAUGAAGCAUCCCACCAAUGACAGCACGCUGGCUGCUGUUGCCAUGGAGAUAACGGGUCGAGAUGAUUAUGCCGGUACAUUCCCUAUCGUACAGCUCUUCCGUUAAAACUUUUUAAGCUCUUCUGUUAAGUCACGAAAAAUAUGCAAACUCUUCAGAAAUAUGUUUUGCUUUGUAAAAUGCAUAAUAUCAACACUACAUGUACUGGGUUUGUUCAUAAGUAGAUAAUAUGGUGGUUGUAAAUAUGGGAUGUUUUCAAUCUUAACAUGAAAAUCUUAGAUAGCGUAAUUCUAUUGAC